GUGUUCUUGAUGUUUCACAAACAGUCUUCUCUUAAGAGGAAUGUACUCUAACAACAUUUUAGAAAUUUCAGUGUAUUUACCGUGAAUGUACAAAAUUGACGUUGUUACUUUAAUUUGACAUAUCUAAUUUAUUAAAAUAGCAGGAUUGGCCUUGUGUACUUGAUUGAGCAUCUUUCCUGUGACGUCAGUGCACUUGCUUCAGCUGGGAUCGCACCGCACGGGCGUUUAACCGGCAGACCAGAACAAAACAGUUCCAUCUACAGAGCCCCUUCUAAUGCCAAAAAUGGCUACUCAGGAACUGCAGCCAAACGAGACCCUUGCGACGCUGAAAACGGAGUCCGACACCCUGAAGAUAAAGCUGGAGGAGGAGAGAGCAAAACUGCACGAUGUCGAAUUGCAUCAGGUGGCGGAGAGGAUGGACCCGCUCGGUCAGUUUGUCAUGAAGACGAGAAGGACGCUGAAGGGACAUGGCAACAAAGUUCUGUGCAUGGACUGGUGCCGGGACAAGAGAAGGAUCGUGAGCUCCUCACAGGAUGGAAAAGUGAUUGUAUGGGACGGAUUCACUACUAAUAAGGAACAUGCAGUGACCAUGCCAUGCACAUGGGUUAUGGCUUGUGCUUACGCCCCCUCUGGCUGUGCAGUGGCCUGUGGAGGACUGGAUAAUAAGUGUUCAGUGUACCCCCUCUCCCUGGACAAGAAUGAGAACCUUGCUUCCAAGAAGAAGUCUGUUGCCAUGCACACCAACUACCUGUCUGCCUGCAGCUUCACUAACUCUGACAUGCAGAUCCUGACAUCAAGUGGAGAUGGGACAUGCGCCUUGUGGGAUGUGGAGAGCGGGCAGCUGUUGCAGAGUUUCCAUGGCCACGCUGCAGAUGUCCUCUGUUUGGACCUGGCCCCUUCAGAGACCGGCAACACCUUUGUCUCAGGGGGCUGUGACAAGAAGGCCAAUGUGUGGGACAUGCGUUCUGGCCAAUGUGUUCAGUCCUUUGAGACUCACGAGUCAGACAUUAACAGUAUCAGGUACUACCCCAGUGGUGAUGCCUUUGCUUCGGGCUCUGAUGAUGCUACUUGUCGUCUGUUUGACCUGCGGGCGGACAGAGAGGUGGCUAUCUAUUCCAAAGACAGCAUCAUAUUCGGAGCUUCCAGUGUGGACUUCUCUCUCAGUGGCCGACUGCUGUUCAGCGGGUACAAUGACUACACCAUCAAUGUGUGGGAUGUGCUGAAGGGAACCAGGGUGGCCAUCCUCUUUGGUCACGAGAACCGCGUCAGCACCCUGCGUGUUUCCCCGGAUGGGACGGCUUUCUGCUCUGGGUCCUGGGACAACACUCUGAGGAUCUGGGCCUAAGGUGUUUUCUCAGAAGGAAGGAUCAGGACCCUGUGAAUGGCAUUUUAGUUAGUCAGGAUGCACCUCCCCCUUGUAUGUCUCCAAUAAUGCAGAACAGACUCACACUGAGUGCAUCUGUGGAAGCACAAUAAUGUACACGCAUAUUUUCUUGUACCAUGCACCACUAAAUAUUUUAGAUAUUCUCUCCUAUGUAUAUUUUUCCGUUGCUUGGCGACAACAAUUGUAGAUGUGUCUACAGUAUGUGCAAAUUCAGAAACCUCUGGUAUCACUCAUUGUAGUGAUAUAACACGAUAUGACAAUAUAGGUUAUGUAAUGUUCCUGUUUUAUUUAUUUUAAUUGUUGCUGUUGUUGAUUUGCCUUCCUGUGAUAUUUACAUUACUUUUUAUAGAAAAUAAUUUCUAAAUAACAGAAGUAAUCAGUAUUAUUUUUUUAUUUGGUUCUGAGAUAGUAAAGAGAAACAGUGGAUAAUUGCUGUAUAUGAUCUAUGUGAAUUUAAAUGCAUGCUUAACAAAGAUUGUAUCCACACAUUAGAAAACUGGUCAAACUGAAACCACCCACUCAGCAGUAGUUAAUGGCAAGAAGUUUAAAAGUCAGCUUCAGCUGAAGAUAACCCAAUGAAUGUGUUGGAUAGAGGCAUUAGUUAUUUCUCUGUGCAGAUGGAUGAAUUCUAUAUCUCCAUGUUUAACAGGUACAACCAAAUCCAUCUCUCCUUCAGCCUUCUGUCAGUUUUUUCUGGAGUAGAAUUCAGAUAUUGAUUGAGAUUAUAAUUAAAGAAUGUUUGGCAUUUACUCUCUGUGCAAUACAGUACUAGAGCAAACUAGACGUAAAACCAUUUAGGUACCCUAUAAAGGAAUUUUCAAUAUUGUUCUAAUAUCUGUCAUUUCUUUAAGUUGAAUGUUCAUGUAAUAUGUUACUUCCCUGUGUGCUCAGUCUACAUCAUCCAAUUAAAUGGUAUUUUAAA